UCGGGGCGCGGGGCUGCUGCGGGUGCUGACGCUCCCUCUCCUCGCAGGCUGCAGCGGGAGCUGAGCUGAGUCCCCACCCCGCGGCCGGGCUGUAGCCGAGAGCACCGCCCGGGACCAUGGGGAGCAGCAAGAGCAAGCCCAAGGAUCCCAGCCAGCGCCGGCGCAGCCUGGAGCCCACGGAGAACACGCACCAUGGGGGUUUCUCUGCCUCGCAGACACCCAGCAAGGCGGCUGCUCCCGAUGCCCACCGCACCCCCAGCCGCUCCUUCGGGACCAUGGCUGCUGARUCCAAGCUCUUUGGAGGCUUCAACACCUCUGACACCGUCACCUCRCCCCAGCGUGCGGGGGCACUGGCUGGAGGCGUCACCACCUUCGUGGCYCUCUACGACUACGAGUCCCGGACCGAAACCGACUUGUCCUUCAAGAAAGGAGAGCGCCUGCAAAUUGUCAACAACACGGAAGGUGACUGGUGGCUGGCUCAUUCCCUCACUACAGGACAGACGGGCUACAUCCCCAGUAACUAUGUCGCGCCCUCAGACUCCAUCCAGGCUGAAGAGUGGUAUUUUGGGAAGAUCACUCGUCGGGAGUCCGAGCGGCUGCUGCUGAACCCUGAAAACCCCCGAGGGACCUUCCUGGUCCGGGAGAGCGAGACCACGAAAGGUGCCUACUGCCUCUCUGUGUCCGACUUUGACAACGCCAAGGGGCUCAACGUGAAGCACUACAAGAUCCGCAAGCUGGACAGUGGCGGCUUCUACAUCACCUCCCGCACCCAGUUCAACAGCCUGCAGCAGCUGGUGGCCUACUACUCCAAACACGCUGAUGGCUUGUGCCACCGUCUGACCAACGUCUGCCCCACGUCCAAGCCCCAGACCCAAGGCCUUGCCAAGGAUGCCUGGGAGAUCCCCCGGGAGUCACUGCGGCUGGAGGUCAAACUGGGCCAGGGCUGCUUCGGAGAGGUGUGGAUGGGGACCUGGAAUGGCACCACCAGGGUGGCCAUCAAGACUCUGAAGCCUGGCACCAUGUCCCCAGAGGCCUUCCUGCAGGAAGCCCAGGUCAUGAAGAAGCUCCGGCACGAGAAGCUGGUCCAGCUCUACGCCGUGGUGUCAGAGGAGCCCAUUUACAUCGUCACUGAGUACAUGAGCAAGGGGAGCCUCCUGGACUUCCUGAAGGGGGAGAUGGGCAAGUACCUGCGCCUGCCCCAGCUCGUGGAUAUGGCUGCUCAGAUCGCAUCCGGCAUGGCCUACGUGGAGAGGAUGAACUACGUGCACCGGGACCUGCGGGCAGCCAACAUCCUGGUGGGGGAGAACCUGGUGUGCAAAGUGGCUGACUUUGGCUUGGCACGACUCAUYGAGGACAACGAGUACACGGCUCGGCAAGGUGCAAAGUUCCCCAUCAAGUGGACGGCCCCCGAGGCGGCUCUGUACGGCAGGUUUACCAUCAAGUCRGACGUCUGGUCCUUUGGCAUCCUCUUGACGGAGCUGACCACCAAGGGCAGAGUGCCAUACCCAGGGAUGGUGAACCGGGAGGUGCUGGACCAGGUGGAGCGGGGGUACCGCAUGCCCUGCCCGCCCGAGUGCCCCGAGUCCCUGCACGACCUCAUGUGCCAGUGCUGGCGGAAGGACCCGGAGGAGAGACCCACCUUCGAGUACCUGCAGGCGUUCCUGGAGGACUACUUCACCUCGACAGAGCCCCAGUACCAGCCUGGAGAGAACCUAUAGACACGGGGCUCCUCCUGGCACCAGGGACACUGCUGUGCUCACCGCGGGGCRCCGAGGGCUGGCCUCCCCAGCGAGGGGCUGUGUUUGUGGAGCAGCCCUGCAGCGGGACAGGGCAUUAUCUCCGGAUGCAGCCAGGGGAGGUGCUGGCUCCCCCCAUUGCUCAUUAAGACUUGUGGCCCGUGUUUAACGAAGCGGCGCCACGCUGCUGGCAAGAGGAGCCUGUGGGCACCGACRGAGCCAGCUCAGGAGGGCAAGCAGAGCAUCUCCUGCCAACAGACUUGGGUUUUGGGAGACUUUACCCCCUCCAGCACCCCCCCAGGCGUGAGCUGGGAGGAAUUGGGGGACAGCAAAACCCCACCUCAGACACACAGUCCCAGUCUCCUGCACCCCCUUUCUAAAUCAGCACAAAUGUCCCUGCCCCUUCACCCCCCCCACAAUCUCCCCCUUGGCUCCGGUUCUCCUGAGGAUGCUGGCAGAGAUGUUUUGCCACAAGGAUGACACAAUCCCUGGCUGGCUUGAAGGGGGUGAUGUGCCAGGGUGGUGGUGGUGGUGGCAUGGGAGGACAGAGCUCUGGUGGUCCCUGUGGCCUCACCAUGACCUUAACGGCUGGUGGGUCCGGGGACCCUGAAAGGUGGCUGCUUCUGGCUCUGGUGACCGACACUGCCCCACAGGAGCACCUGGGCACACAGAUCAAAUCUGCCAGCUAUGUCUGUUCCCCCAGGGGACACACCUCACCUCUCCCAGGAGCAGGACUGGGGAUGCCAGCAGAGCCCUCACCCUGCUGUGCUUUCUCCCACCACGUGCUCCAGGUCUUCCAGCCAGACUCUUGGGAAGUAGCCCCAGCCACCCUCCCCAGCUCUGCCACCAGYUUUCCACCAGCAGAGUCCCCCUGGGCCAGCCCUGCCACCAAAUCCAGUGCCACUGUGGGGCUUGGGUGCAUGGCCCAUGUAGCUGUUCUGGGUGUGGGAAUGCUUUGGAGGAAGUACUUGACUUUGACAGAUUCUUUUGUCCACCUGGUAYGUUUUUAGCUGCCUUCCCUCUACCCACUGUGUCUCAGCUUCCAGGCAGCAUCCCCAGCCGUGUGCCACCAUCUGGAAGGAUGGAAGGAGUCCUGGGAAGUGCUGUGCCACAUUUGCAUCCUCAUCUUCCCCCUGGUCGCUCCCAAAGGCCUCAGCACCGGGUUUGUCCCACACACAUCCCGUGGGGCUGAUCCCUAGUGUUGGCAAGGCAAUGCUCAUUCCCUGCCCUCUCCCACCCAGCACCUGCUUGUACAUAAUCCUUGAGUGAUCCCUGCACCGUCCCAGACCUUGACUUCAUUGCAUGUGUUGUUUCCCCCUCCUGUGGCUGUACCCAGCUGGAAACCUUUCACCAUGGUGGCUCACAAAGUUUCACUCCUUCACCUCCUGGGUCCCACAGAUUCUUGCUCAAAGUGAUCUGGGGGUCUUCAGAUGCUCUCCUGGAGCAUGGUGGGUUGGGGACUCAGGGGUUGCUGAGGGGCAGGGGUGUUGGAGGGAGGGACCUGGAGAGGAGAGGCAGUGGCUGUACCCUCCCCUUGCUCCUCAGUGUUUCUGUGCCUCCCCAUCAUCUUUGGGGUGGUAUUUCCCUCUGGCACAGGCUCCCUGCAGGCAGCAGAUCCAACAUCCAACCUGCCUCUCAUAGCCCCUGCCAUGGCUCUGGUGUCCUCGAAAGCUGGGUGGGAGCCAAGUGUGGGCAGGUGGUGGCCAAAACCCCCACCCCAGAUCUCCAACAGAGCAGGGCCCAGGCACAACACUGCCUCUCACUCACUCGCACAGCCCCCUGGCCACUUAYUUAUGAACCAAGUACAUGGUUGGUUGGUGUGUGGCUCCUUUUUUAAUGAGUAAAACUUGAGUUUGAACGGGCACUUUGGUGGUAUGGAAAGAUCCUGCUGGCUUGAAGAGCAGCAGCUGAUUUAAUGGAUUUUUUUUAAAUCGUUUUGGGAGCUGGAGUCUUUUUUCUCCCCCUCCCUUCCUAGCAGGUCAGCAUUUCUGUAUUUGGGCAGGGACUCCCCCAAACCUCGAUGUUCUAGGUCUUCCCAUGUUUGCAGCCUUUUUGCAGAUUCCAGCUGCCACAGACACCUGUCCCUUGGUAGCUCUUCCGAGGGGUGGCUUGUGCCAUAGCUCUGCCUGAAUKACAUAAAAUCCCUACCCCUGGGAGAAACCUUUUACAGCUGUAACGUGCAGAAGCCAGGUUUGGUCUGGAAGCUGGGGAGAGAGAAGGCAAGCACACAUGUUAAGGUUUGGCCUUUGGUUGUUGGUGGCACGUGCAGGGUCUUGGAUGCAGCAGGACGGGAAUGGGCUUCACUCAGUGGGUGCAGCCUCUCUCUUUCUGGAAGGCRGCAGGUGCAAGGAGCACCCCAGGAUGGCUUAAUUCCCUGAGCCUUUCAGCAGGAUCUGGCAAAGGAGACAUGCUGGAGACCCUUCAGGGCAGAAGGCAGUAAGGCAAUCCCAGAGAAGCCCUCCUGCACAGGGCUGUGUGUCCACAUGUCCGUGUGUCCAUCUGUGUUUCUGUGCAGUGCUCGUGGAGGGACCCAGCGUCACCGGAAUCACUGGAGGCGCUGGGAAUUCAGAGCCUCCCCUCCAUCAUCAUUCUGUCUGCCAAUUUUGUUUUUAAGCCAAUGAACUCCAGAGGGGAGCCCCCACCUAAGGAUGCCCUUUGGCUUCCUGGGGUCCAUAAAACCCUACAAGUCAUUCUCCUCUGCUGUUAUAAUUUUUUUACACAGUCUUUUGUAAGAUCUCCAACUGACUAUGCAGAGAACAUGUGGAUCUGUGUCUCUCUCUCCAGCUCCCCUCACCUGCCUUUUUUGGUGUCUAAGUAAGAUAUUUAGCUUUUUUUUUYUUUUUUUUUUUUUUUUGAAUAAUAAAACUUUGGAAGAAAACCUGAAAAGGUCCAGCUUUGUGGGUGGUGGGGGGGUUGAAGAUGCUUUGAAACUCUAACGUCGAUGUAAAUACUUUGCUAUUUGAUAAUUAAAUACAAACAGACCUCACAAAACAAAAGUGUAGCUU